AUGAAAGUGGAUGAAUUGCAUCAUGUCCGUUACUGCUAUGUGGACGAAGACCACAGUGAUAACUUAUCCUUCCAUCUUCCUAUAUGUUGCUGCUUGACAUUUCCUGUCAAAUGGAUAAAGCCUCUUCCCAAUGAUACGAAACGUCGUGUCUCGUGGAAAAAGAUCCAGAAUCCAUUCGUCUUGAAAAUGUAUCAAAAACUUGUGAGUAGAAAACUUUCAUGUUUCAACUCCUAUACGAUGGCUGGUGAACAGGAUAUUGAAUACGUUUUAUCUGGAAUUACACAGAUCUUAUCAUCUUCUGCUAAAGAGAUUCUGCCCUGCAAGAGAAAUCGCCCCAUUCUACGUCCUUAUUGGAAUAAUGAUCUCAAAAAUGCGCGUACAAAGUCAAGGGAAUGUCGAAGGAAAUGGAUAGCAGAAGGGCGACCGAGAAAUUCUGAUAACGCAUCAUUUCGAGAAUAUAAGGCAGCAAAAUGUGAAUUUCGAAAACUUUUCCGUAGAAAAUGUUUUGAACACGAAAGAAAUGAAUUCUCCAACAUGGAUGAAUUUUAUGAUAAAGAUCGUUCACGCUUCCAGAAAGAAAUUUCAGCUAAACAGAAAUCAGUUUCAGGGGUAUGUAAUGAAUUAAAAAUUGAUGGCAGAUUAAUUACUGAGAAAGAGGAACUUCUAUCCGUGUGGAAAGCUCAUUAUGAACAACUAUAUACGCCUAAAGAGUCCCCUGUAUAUGACGAACAAUUUAAAGUUUUUGUGGAACAACAGCUGAAAGAGUAUGUGGAUCUUAGUGCUAAUGUUACCAAUGACGUAUUAGAAACACCGUUUACUACAGAGGAAGUAAGCAACCUUUGUUUAAAGUUGCCAAAUAACAAAGUUGGUGGAAUGGAUGAACUUGUAUACGAACACGUCAAGUAUGCUGGGAAGCAGUUCUUUGCUGUCCUGACUGACGUUUUCAAUGCAAUUAGAGCAUUGGAAGCUAUUCCUAAAUCUGUCGAAAUUGGUGUUAUCUAUUCCCUAUUUAAAGGGAAAAAGAAGAAUAAAUUAGACAAAGAUAAUUACAGAGGUUACCUAUUAGCUGCCAAUACACACUACUUUAGUAUUAAAGUCUGGCUAACGCCAGACCAAUUUACACUGUGUAACGCCAGACGAUUUUACUUGUUAGUGGCAGAGUACUGUCAGUAAAUGGGUUAACAAACACUUCUGCCAAUGCUCUUAUUAACCCAUUAAUAGGCAAUGCACCCUGCUUUAACUAGUAUUCUUUAGUAACUCUUCAGAAUUUGCUCAGAGUCAAUGUGAGUAAAAUAUAUCUUGUAUUCAAGCGCUUUCAUGUACAAAGUUUCAUUUGAGUACGGCACAGAGUAGGAAUAUUUUAUUUUGAAUUUUUCAAAAUAUCAGGUUUUUACUCGCACGCACGUUUAUUAGCUCGAUCGAUGCAUGUGCAAAUCAUGCCGACCUACAGAAUCGAUUUCUGGUUUUUCCUAAACAGCGCGUUGUUUUGAUGUGCGUUCCAUGGGCCGCGCUAAAAAUAUAAAUAUUCUGUAAAUACCGAAAUAAAAGAUGAAAAUCUCAAGGCACAAGCUUGAAAUAACACUAUAAAUAGUGUUUUCGAUUCUGGUUCCAAUAAUAUUAUUACGAAAAAGAUAUGUCCAAAGGGGCCGAAGUUAUGUUCGGCAAAAUGUAUGGCUAGUUUACAUUGUUUGUUAUAUUAUGAAAUAUACUACCAGGCGCGGAUCUAGCCUAAACCCUGACCGUGGCGCACUCCAAAACCGUCAAUGAUUAGGGGGGUCCGGGGGCAUUCCCCCCCUGAAAAUUUUUGAAAUUUGAACCCCGGAAAUGCCAUUUCCUGAGUUCUGAGCAUCGAAUUCUUUCAUAAUUCGUCAUUAAUUACGCCAUAUUUUAGAGAGCAAAUAACGAAACGCACUAAAUAAGUCAAAUAUUUAAACAACAUACCAUGUUCUUCAACGUUACAACAUUAGAAUGUUACAAAAUCACUGUACUUACAUAAAACCACAACUCUGUACCACAUGUACUGUUCCUGUGUAUUUCAGGUUCUUCGUAGCAAAAAAUAUCCAAUUAGGGCUGUACAUCGAACUCAAUCAUCUUGGCGUUUCAGUUGCAACGUAGGUCUUUUACGGGGUGGGUUUUUUCCAGCUGCACAUGCAUCUUAUUUGUGUCUUAUUCUCGAUCAUUCGCUUAAACUGUGUAGCACGGAGAGUUGCCGUUGCGUGAACAUUGGAUUUUUCACCAUGCUGACAUAGUUUCUGGACAGCAGAAGCACUUGGAGGAAGAGCACCGGUCAUCAAUAGUUGGAGCUCGCUUGCAUUAUGCGUGCUUUCACUGCCAAAAAGAACACAAGUGACGCAAAAACCACCGUUUCCCACAGCAGAGUAAGCCAACCAUAGAAAUCGUGAUAACCAUGCCAACCGGAAACGUCUACCAAUAUUUUCGUGUGGAGGAAAAGAAAAAUCAGAACCAGGUUUCCAAUGGAAACGUUUGCACAGAAUUUCGUACUUUUUUGAAUCAGGAAGACUGGACACCAGAUUUACGUAGUUGUAGAUAUCAUUUGGCCACGAAUUUUUCUGAAGAUUUUUAGAUUUUUCUGAAGUAGGACCAGUGUUGGGAGUUACAGAUGAAAUUCCUUUACUAGUGCUGGGAAAUUUGAUUUCACUGUCUACAGUUUCUUGUAUGUUGCACGCUCGUUUCACAAGAAGCGCAUUGAUCUAAGCUAAUUUAUUUUCUUUUUGGACCAGUCGUCUGCUUUUUAGUAAAUGUAGUCACUUGUGUAGAGGAAGGAGCAGAAAAAACUUUAGUAGAAACUUUAGAAGAAACUGUAGGAGGAACUUUAGGAUGAACUGGCAUCGCAGACUUCAAUAAGGUUGGAAGGUGUGAGUAGUAUAUAAGGAGCCGGUUCUAGCACAUUUUUAAAUUGCCUCUACAAGAGCAAAAACAACGUCCAGAUUAACUAUUUGUCUUAUGUAAAUCAAAUUUUAGACCUAAUUUUAUCAUCAUAAAAGCAAUUAUAUGUUUAUUUGAAGGUAAAAAUAGUGUUUAG